UGCUGCCAAUCAGUGCCACCUAUCAGUGCCAUUCAGUGCUGCCUAUCAGUGCCAUCAGUGCCGCCUAUUAGUGCCAGUCAGUGCCAUCUAUCAGUUCCAUAUAUCAGUGCUGCCUUUCAGUGCCAAUCAGUGAUGUCUGUCAAUACAUAUCAGUGCUGCCUACCAGUGCCUCCUCAUCAGUGCCCAUCAGUGCCACCUAUCAGUGUCCAUCAGUGCAACCUAUCAGUGCCCAUCACUGCAGCCUCAUUAGCGCACAUCAGUGAAAGAGAAAAAUCACUUAUUUACAAAAUGUUAUAA